UGUCUUGCGAUCAGCUGUUUUGGGACCAGCUGAUUAUAACGAUUGCCUCAUCUUACUAUGUGUGCCGUGCGGUAAAGGGUAUCGCGAAACAAAGAGCAUGUUCGAUUCUGGUUCUCUGCCGUCCGAAUUUUUCAUUCAUCUCAUAUGAGCCGAGCUAGGAAGAUCAGAUGUAUAUUUUUCUGUCCGUUGGAAGAGGUAUAUUUCCACUUUGAAAUCAGAUCGAGAAUCUUGAUUGGAGCUUUGGAUUGUCAGAGGUAGCCUGAACAGCGACCAAUCCAGCCACACACUUUUUCCCUGUCGCAGAAAAUCACAAAAAAACUCAAGAUGUUUUUCAAGAAGCCCACGUUAGAGACGGCCAACAACCGCCGAUACUGGUUAGUUGGAACUAUGAUCUUCGAGAACUUGUUUUUCUCAGCCGUUCUCCUUGGAUGGAGCUCGCUCCUUCCGGUCUUACUGACUGAAGGAUUCUACAGCACCAGAUGCACUGAAGAGGACAUGGGUAAUUCAACCAAUGGUAAUGACACUGAUGUGCAAUAUGACGAUGAAGAGGCUACCACGCUAUUUUACGACACCACCGGCUCGUUGACGCCCAGUCCCGAGAAUUACGGCCGACCCGUCUACCCACGAUGCUCUGCUCAGGACGAAGCGUUGAAUUUGGCAUUCACGAUAGGCUCUUUCUUGCUGAGUGGUCUCACAUUCCCAAUUGGAAUGGCAAUGGACAAGUUCGGAAGCAGAAUACUGAGGAUGCUGGGAGCUGUCAUGUUCAUAGCAUCAUGUCUUAUCUUUGGGUGGACGCCUAUCGAACUCUCCGAGAUGAUCAUCCCUGCCGUAUCGCUCAAUGGUGUCGGAGGCAUCAUGGUCACAUUCACGUCUUUCCAGGUUGCCAACUUGUUUGGAACAAAGAGAUCUACAGUGAUCAGUCUCAACAUUGGUUCCUAUGCAUCGGCGGCCAUCUUGUUUCUCAUCCUGAAGGGUCUCUAUGAUGCGGGUAUCAGCAGACAAGUAAUGUUCACCGGACUGGCGAUAGCCACUUUAUUUGUCAUCAUAAACGCCUACAUCAACAUCCCCAAAGAACCCAUCCCAGAUCCUGAAGGAGCAGCCUUUGGAAUGCACUGGCAGAUUUUGAAGGUCAACCACAAAGUAACUGGCAAGCAGUUCUAUUCCAUGGUCACCAACGUUGGACGCAAGCUGAGCGUAACGGAUGAAGCCGCAGAGGAAGCCAAACAGACCAUGAUCCGCAAGGGAAGCAAGAUCUACUCCUCACAGUUGAACCUUGCCAUUGAGCUGAAAGAGCGCAAGAAGAAGAAGAAGGAGAACACCCUCAUGUACUCGGUCUGCAGUCCCAUCUAUAUCCUUUCUAUCAUCGUCAUGUGCGUCACCCAACUUCGUCUUCUCUUCUUCAUCGGUUCCCUGACUCAGAUGCUUCAGCUCGUCACUGGCAAUGUCACAGAAACAAUGGAUCAGUAUAUCUACAUCUUCGGUAUGAUGCAGUUGAUGUGCCUCGUCACCAGCCCUCUGAUUGGUCUAGUCAUGGACUUCAGGAUCAAGGAGGUUCUCCAGGCAGCUAAGGACAGGGAACGCCGUCCAAGCCGUCGCGAGAGCACCUCCAGGAGACCCGGCUCCGUCAGCGGCGACUCCAAGCGCCCUAGCAUCAUUAGUCUUACAUUCUUCAACGGAGGAGAUGCACGCAAACAGAGCAAUGGAUCGAUCACAAACGGACACGCCAAGCGACUAGACAGUAAUGGAGACAUUGAACAGGGACUGACGGGGAUGAACGGAAACGGAGGCGUCUCCACGAAGCAGAGGCAUCCAAGCACAUCCAGUACGGCUAGCAAUGACAGCAUGAACCCCAAGCCACCGAUGAGUCUAAAGAUCAGGAAACUCUACAAUUCAAGUUAUGCCUUCUUCAUCACAAGCGUUCUCAUCAUGUUCUUCGGUGUUACUGUCUUAAUACCAAACCUUCAAAUUCAAAUUCUAAGUUUCAUCCUGCAUACAAUUAUCCGAGGGUUUAUUCAUUCAGCGGUUUGUGGGCUCUAUGCAAUCACCUACCCCGCAUCUCAGGUCGGAAGUCUCAUUGGUCUUCAGUCCCUCAUCUCGGCUUGUGCAACUCUUCUUCAGUACCCCAUCUUCAUUACUAUUGAGGGCCCUCUCAAUGGCGAUCCAUUCUAUGUAAACGUCAUCAUGUUCGCAUUGUCCAUUCUCAACUUUGGUCUUCCAGCCUACAUGUUCUACCUCGCCAAGAAACUUCGAAGGGAGCAGAAAACUGAGCAGGAACCCGAUGAGCAGAAACUCAUCAGGUCCCCUACCAGCAAGAGUGCCCUGGAAACCGUCCCCGAACAGGUCUGAAAGAACAGGGAAACUGGUCUUUAGCUAAAGACUGUACGAACGACUACAGGAGAUGCAAUUCUGGAUUUUCAACUGGCUAUAUAACGACACUUCAUUGACUGAAAUGAAUCCUUAGCAGAAGAAUAAAAGCCAGGAAUCGGUAGACUUGCUGGACUAAAUAAAAAGAGUCUGAAAGUAUCUGGAGAUCCAGUGGCUGUCACUAGUGUCUACAACGGUUGUGUUCAGAAGUGACGAACAAAGCUCAAAGACAUAUUCCAGGAUCGGCAAAGGUUUCAAGGAUCUUCUUGUCAGAGCCCGACUAUUCUGGAAAAGAUGCGAAACUAACUUGCAAGUGACACGUGAAAUGUGGCAUGCAUUGUCGCAAAUUCAUGAGGGGUGAACUUUCUGUAAAUGGAAGAAAUCCUCCAUUUAUUUAUAUUAAACAAAAUGUUUCUUUAUGUUUAAAGAGUUAUUUAACUUGCCAAUAUUUCUACUUAUCUAAUGGCUUAUGGGCCAUACCCUUCAUUAACGAUCUUUAAAAAAGAUCGUACUACGAUAGAUACAAGAUACCAGUUUGAUAUUGACGAUAUUCAAAUUCUAUUAUCAGAAUAUAUUCACAGAACUUUCAUUGUUUCGUUGAUUUAUUUAAGGUGAAGGGUCACUGUUUCAUGAUAUAUUUUGCUUCCUGUUGUGUAACAGUUGACUGCAAGUUUCUAAUAUACAACUUCUUUGUAACAAAUGUUCAUUUGUGUGCAUAAACAUGCGCAAUUUACAGUGUGUGAUAUAAGAAAUGUGUUGCUUGUGUAGAAAGCAUGUAGAUAAUGGAGAGAUAACGAAGCAGAUAUGUCUUUUCAUCGUUGAAAAAACUGGCAUGUCAUAUUUUCAAUAUCUCAAAUAGCUCAGGUCAAGGUCGUGUUGAAAUGUUGGCUCAAAGUUAUGUAGGUUCUCCGUUCAUGAAAUGACGCAUGAAGGAGAAGAGCGAAUUGUCUGCAGUGCCUUGAAGGCCAAGAGUAUAUUACCGGCUUAAAGAAUAAGUUGCUCCAAGUCAUUUAGAGUGUGUGUGAAAACUUAAAAAAUAUAUAUGUAUUAUGACUUGUUCGAUGUCGGGAUCUAGGAAAAGGCAUUCUAUGGGACCUGUGGGAUAAAUACAUGCUAUGCCAAAAAGUAUUGAGAGCAAAUUAAAGGCAUGCCCAACUAUAAACUUUAAGUUGUGUAUUGUAAUAUGCUGCAGGUGUCAGAAUAGUGAUAAUUUCUGUUAAGUAUAUAUUUGUAGUUAUAUACAUGACAGUUUAAUUUAUGUUGUGGUAAUCUGACCAGGAGCUGUAAAAGUUGAGUGUAGAUAAAUUUGGUAUAAACCACGCGUAUUUAAAGGUCAAUAUGUUUUUGUCACCUUUUAACUUAUUUCAUGAUUUUGACCUAUCUACAGCUCCAAUUUGACAUUCAUCUCCCUUCUGAUUAACAACCAUGUAACUUAAAUAUUGAUAAUAAUUUUGUCUACGAGUAUACACAUUUAAACCAAAUAUUUAAUGGGAAUAUAAUAUUUAUGUAUAGAAGUGAUCUUCUAUUCAAGUGUAAGAUUUUAUGAUGUUUGAGAGCUUGAAAAUGAAAAAAAAAAAAUUGUAUUCCUAGUCUUUCUAGCAUAUUAAGUGUGAAUAACUUCUCGUGCAUUCCAAACUAGACCCAGAACGUUCAGCCCCAUGAACUGAACUUUGUGCACUCCUUUUGAAUUCUUGCAAUUAUUUUUUUCUUCUUCUGGGAACAAGAAAUUGGGAUGGAUAUGAGAUAUGUUUGAUGUAUCCAGAUGUGGGGAUCGAUUAAUUACCGGUACAAGACAGAUUAAAGAAACAUGACAUGCUUUUUUGGGAAAUAAGCUCGCAUUUUCAUGAGGCUGAUGAAGAAGAAAAAAAAAGGUGAAAAUCAAGUAAUGUUGAUCAGUUGCAAAAAAAAAUCAAUAUUCCUUUACCAGUAGUAAUGUGCAUUCGAGAUGAAUGUUGUUUCCCAUCAUUUACAGAGAAAGAAUUGCUCCCAUUUCUCACUUACAUGAUCAGUUUUACAUGGGUUAAACUGAGAUUUUGUAUUCGUAGCGUUAAGAAACAUUGUUUCCUGUGUUAUUCAGGGGCAAUAAUCAUGCUUUGGUUUGCAUUGUAUUUUAGUGGUAGGAAAAAAGUGCAAUUUAUAGGCUUCUUAGAUGUGAGUUGUGUGAUCCCAAUAUGUUCCUUUUUUGGUAGAUUUUGACAAAAUAAUGAAGUUGGUGUGCUGAUUAAUGUAACGUAUGCAUCAUGUCAUAAAAAACUGAUUUCAAACAUGUCGUGACUUCUUGAAUAAUGUAAGUAUGUUAUCUAAGAUUAUUUUUUAUAUAAACAGUAUUUGAGAAGGGCAUUUUAUUGUUAAGCUCUUUGUUGAAAGAAGUCAUGCUAGAUAUAACCAAAUGAAUUUUUGUAACUGUGAGUAAUAAGCAGAUGCUGGCGUGUGAUUUGUUACUCCUCCUAACCCAUCUAAGGGUUGGUAAGGAAGACUUUAUGUAAGAGAGAAACUAGUAACUAUUCAAAUGCUCGACCCUUAUUUUGACACCUGAAAUAGAUCGUGAACUUUAAGAGCAUUUCUAUUUAUGACAGCUUUGAAUGGUCCAAGCAAAAAGAUAUUUGUUCUGUGUUGUUGUUGAUGCCCAGUUCGGUGUUGAUGGCAAGCGUUUCUCUUUCUUUGGGAGUUGUGUCUAAAUAUUUACAUGUAUCAUACAUUUUUUGAAGAUGUAAUAAAACAAAAAGUAGUUCUAUAUUGGCAAGGUAAAA